AACGGUCUGUUUUUCCUUCUCCUCUUGAGCUUGUUCGGAGGUCUCUGUAUUGUGUGGUAUAUGUAUUCGCCUCACAAACAACGAAGACGAUGCAGAUCCAUGGUGUCCUCUUCCAUUUAAAAAACGCACCAACAGCAUUAUCGUUUAUACAGCCGACCAGAGCAUCCCCUUCGAUUUGCAAAUCCGUCGAUCUCUCGGAUCGUUAUCCGUCGAUUGUCGCUGCGAGAAGGAACCGGAGGCGAACCGCAUCCAGGUGGCAAAGAUCGAGCAGAGUUGCACUCCAAUGCGUUUCGCUCAUCGCAUCGAAUCUGAAAAUGAUACCGGAACCGCUCGACUUUAUCAUCAGAGAAGGGUUUGGCGGGGGAAAUGGGGGAGGGCUCGGGUUUCUCAAGGGUCUCGGAGGUGGAGGGUUUGAUGGGUGGGGGAGAAGGCGGAGCCGGUGGCACAGUAGAUUUGGGCUUUUGGGGUUGCUGGGUGCUUGUGCCUUGGUUCUUCUGUUGGUUCUGGCAAAGGAACUAGAUACUUGUUUCGGUUUGGGGGUUGUGAAUUUUGUUCUACUGGGAUUUUUGAUCAGGGACUGGAAGGCUGAGAUUAAGGGUUGGGUUUUGGGGUUUUGUUCCUGUGCUCUAAUGGUGCUUUGCGGGUUGAGGAGAGAGGAGUUACAGAAAUGUGUUAAGAAUUUCAGGGUUCACUCUCCAAUCAUGGGGAUGAUCAAGUCGAAGAGGAGAAGAAGAGCUGUGUGAGUAGCGAGGUGGAAGCUUUUUUUUUAUUUUUAACAUUUUUGUUCUACAAUGUACAAUGAGAGAGUAUGCCUCCUUUCUCUGUUUGGUGAUGGUAAAUCAAAAUUAAAUGUUUUCAUGGAAGAACAGAAUCA